AUGGCACAUUUGUUAAAGUGUGAUGUAUACUACGCUUUAAGUGGCGCAGUUCCUGGUAAAAUACAAGAGUCAAGGCUGCGCGGUCUCUCUCUCUCUGUCGCUUUCUCUCUCUCUCUCUCUCUGAAGCUUCUCGCUGACGUUUCCUUGAAGGCUGUCUGGUGGUGGAUCGUUGAGUCGGUUGAGGUCAUUGAUCACAGGGCACUGAUUGCGGCGGUCGACACGCUAUCGGAGCUGGGGCUUGCGCGCCUGCGCCGACCACACGCCUCGCGGCAAGCACCCGUCGUCUUGAUUCGCGUGGCGCAGAUACAGCGCAAAACAGGCUCGUGCAACACGCAGCCAGCCGCACGCAGCCAGCCGCACGCAGCCGGCAGCGUAUUCAUGUGGGUUGCCCCUCAGGAGAUCCUGCUCGCCAAUGCCCUCUGCAUUUUACUGCAAACACCAAAUUCCGACAUCUCCUACCUGCUUGCCACCGCUCAGCUUGAAGAAGAGAUUGAGGAACAUUGGCAGUGGUUGUUGGAUACCCUUGGCCCACGCCUGGAUGCCUUUGAAGCACCUGAAGAUCUUCGAGACUACGUCUGCGGCAAGGCAAGCACCAAAGACCCUUUGUCCAAACCAAAAUAUACGCCUGCUGCCAACUUCCUGACGCCCACUCAACGAUAUAGGUCGCCUCUAUGCAUGCCUCCACCUCACACGCCCCUCAAGAUGCCAAUAUGCAUCAAUCAUCUCUGCUUCUACUCCUUUAUUAUGGGGGAAGAAGUGCGCCUCUCGCUGCCAUUCACAGAGGUCAUGGCCCUUCGUCAGAGCACCCGCAUGCUUCUUGGCCAAGGUUUUACCAUUCAAACCCGAACCCGCGAAUAUCUCUUCUUCAUGCUCAAUCAUGACGACGUCAUGCGCCUCAUCCGACAACUCACAGCCAAAGCCAUGCGCCGACUUUUGGAAAUUAGUGACGAUGCCUUUGCGAUGACUCGAGCCAAAUUUGAAUCCAGCCUGGCUCGUGAAGAAAAGACGGAACAAAAGAUUGCAGAGCCUGCAUUGGCCGACUACUUUGCACGCCUGGACCUCAACGAAGAGUACCAAGAGCUUUUCCGUCUCCCCGCCACCGAAGCGCUCGACAGCAUCCAUCAAGCAUCAGUCAUCGACCCUCAGGAAAAGGAUUUUGUCUCGGGCCGUCUCUACCUAUCCCGACACUAUCUGUGCUUCUCUUCUCGCUCUCGCAAUAGCUGUACUGUUAUUCUUCCCAUUCGGAAUAUUGCCAGUGCUGAGCGUGCUGAGCGUCAAGCCGUUUUUGUUGCCAUGCGUGAGACCACCAAUCACCUCAUGCUCCAAGAACUCUCAGCCCCAGAUGAAUUUAUCAAGGACCUGCAUCAACGCAUGCAUGACCUGCGUCAGCAACGCUUACACAAGGAUCCUGCCACAAAUCCUGCGCCCGACGCCACCGGCCGGCCCGUGGAAUCCUCCCAGGAAGCCUCGGCCCGUGUCUCACCAACCACCCCAGCAAUCUCUGCACCCCGUCCCGACUUUGAUACCCUUCGAGCAGAACUCGCUACCCAAGUACUCACUGAGCCACUCUACUUGCAAUUCGGUACCGCGUCGGGCAAAGAAGCCAAGCCAGUGAAAAAGGCCAUUUCUACGGAUAUCAAAGAGCACAUGUGGGACAUGCAUUUUACGGAGCAUGGGCGUGGCAUUUCAGCCUUUCGCACACCGGCUGACCGCGAGCUCAUCAAACAAGGCAUUCCUCAGGGCUUGCGCGAAAAGAUUUGGAUGCUAUACUCAGGGGCGCUCAACGAUCGCGUUGGUCAUGAGUCGGAAUAUCUCGACCUUCUGGCCACGCACCAUGGGGAGAAAACCAUCGCCACGGAGGAGAUUGAACGCGAUCUGCACCGUAGCCUGCCAGAGCACCCUGCGUUCCAAUCCUCCGUGGGCAUUGACGCCUUGCGACGCGUUUUGACCGCUUACAGCUUUCGCACACCCGAAAUUGGCUAUUGCCAAGCCAUGAACAUUGUCUCCUCGGUCCUUUUGAUCUACUGCUCCGAAGAGCAGGCAUACUGGCUGCUCACAGCCUUGUGCGAGCGACUUUUACCCGACUAUUACAACACAAAGGUUGUCGGGGCUCUCAUCGAUCAGGUGCUGCUGAUGGUUGGACUCGAAAUCCUGGCUCAAAAUCACGCAACUCUGAUGGGUUUGACUGAGGACUGCUACGUCAUGGCCCACCUUUCAGCAUACCUCCAGGGCAUCAGCAAUUUUGAUACUGACACAACACACAAGGGCUCAGAAAAGAGCAUAUCCGUCAGUGAGCUCAUUCAGCUGGCCUACCAACACUACAGCCAUGUUGGCAAUGAGGAAGUGAUCGAGAUGCGGCAUCGCGUGCGCUUGCGCGUCGUGCAGACGCUUCAAGACUCGGUGAGCAAGUCGGCUGUCCGCGCCGCCGUCGACGAGAGCCUGCUCACGGAGAAGGAGCUGUUCAUCCUCCACCGAGUUUUCCACGAGGGUUGCAUGAAGGUCUAUUAUUGGUCCCAAGACUAUGACACGCGCCAGCGUUUGCUUAAUGAAGAGCAAUUUGUUCUCUUGAUCAAUCGCCUCACGCCCUGGGGCAUUUUUGCCGAGGCCCUGUAUCAAUUGGCGCGAUCUGAGGGACCGAUCAAUUUUGUUGCCGUGGCCGCGAUUAUUGGCGUUAUUUGCCACGGCAGCAUCAACUCACGCCUCAUCAUGUUGCUCCGCAUGCACGAGACUUCGGCCACGCGGCAGCAGCCAAACGUGGUAGACCAUGAACAAUUGGCUCUGUUAUGGCGUCAACUCUCCUUGCUGUUUACGGAUAUGCCGGGGGAAGAAAGUACCCGUUAUGAGCAGGCCUUUAAUGCCGUCGUGGCCGUGGCUGUGACCUUUGCGACAAGCAUUGAAGUGCAGGAGAAGCCUACUCUCCCCAGCUCCGAGGAGAUGCCCACAGACCUGACCACACCAGCCAGCGUUACAUCACCCACGGUUUCUGUCACGGAAGAUCCGGAAGAUUCUGAGCUUGACUCUGCCAGCCGGAACGAGCCUGGGGCUGCUACCGCGGCUGCGAGUACAGAUCCGGACGUGACAACAGCUACAGACGCGGCCACAGCCUGCGAGGCCACACAUGCAACGGAUGCACCUGUAAACGACGAGGGUAAUAUGCACGACUCGGUGUUUGAGGCGGCGGAGGCCAGUACAGCGGAUGAUCCAACCGACUCGCCGGCCUCGACACGCCCCCGAGAGAGCCGCCGUUCUGGAACUGAAGCGACGAGCUUGCUGACAGCCCCCGUGUUGGAGGGACGUCCCCGCACGGGCUCUCUCUUUUCCCGCUCUUCGAUUGAGUCGCAAGAGGCCAAUGCCUCGUCGGAGACAAUGACGUUUCAGGUCUUUCGCGCCGCCGUUAUGUCACAGCCUUUAAUUACAGAGUAUUUUUCGGGCGAUUUUCCCCUCCAAGACGCAGACCUGGACCAGGUGCCCGUCAAGCCCAAGCGUCGCCGGCUGCGCCGAGGUGCUUCAAAGGGAACCGGCACCUCGACUUCCGGCGCAGGCAGUGCCUAG